AUGAAUCUCCCGCCCGAGAUCUUGGAGCUAAUCAUCAGCUCGCUCCUCCCGGUCAACGCGAGGGGAGACGUAAUACUCCACCAUCAGCAAGAACUAACCAAUGUGCGCCUUGUCUGUCGCAUCUUUGAUGAAGUAUGGUCCCGCUGCUUUGUCUCGGGGGUCUGUGCUAGCUACAACUACCUCCCGGAUGAAAUUCAAAAUGAGUGGCCGGCGGAUUCGGUAAUUUGGUUUGUCAGAACUGUCCUGCUGACACAUUCCCGGCGGAGACGGGGGAGCGCUGCAUCUUCUAGAGAAAAUGUGUUGGGCUAUAUCUUCGCAACCGCGGACUCUAUCAGUCAUUUUCUUUCGGAACGCCAAGCGGAUAAGAAUGAAAAGGUGGAUCUUCUGGAAGAGUCCAUCCAUCUAGUAAGCAUGGCGCUCGUGUUCAACAACGAAUUUAAGGAGACGAUGCAUCACCUUGAACCGGGUCUCUGGAAAUCGCCCCGUACCGUCGAAGUGAACGUGGUCGAUGGGCUCGAGUUAGCGGUGACAAGUUCAGAUCUUCUCCCAUUAUUAGUCCUACGCGGCAACGUCCAGUCCGUCCGCGACUUCCUGUCCAACAAAAAGGCAGAGAAUGUAAACCAUCGCAACAAACUCUUCGGAAGUGCUCUCUACAACGCCGCCGCCCUCAACGAGCUGGAGAUAGUCGAGCUACUUCUCGCCCACGGCGCAGACGUGAACCACAUUGGAGGGCGAUGGCACACGCCUCUCCAGGCAUCAGUCGCCUACGCAAACGCCACAGCCGCGCUCUCGGUCCUCCUCAAGGCAGGCGCAGACGUGAACCUCCAGAGCGGAUAUGCCGUGAAUAACAACCGAACAGUGCUCAUGACUGCCGCGCACGCCAAUAACCGCGAAGCCGUGUCAAUCCUCCUCUCGCGAAAAGAUGUCGUUGUGAAUCUUCUCAGCUGUGACGAAGAAUCUAUCGUGCAUUAUUUAUGUCGAGCCGGGGAUGUGAACAAUCUGCGAAAGCUGCUUGCUGAACAUCCAGAUGCUGAUUUCAAGCACAAAGGAGAGUUCGGAACGGCAUUGCAUGCGGCGAUGAAUCUGGCUCAUUAUCAGUUCACUGAGGGACAUGAUGAGGUUGUAGGAAUUCUGUUGGAGCUGGGUCUCUCGCCGUAUGAUGUUUUAAAGGGGUGCGGGACUGACAUCGUGGGAUGGGCGGAGAAUAUUAAGGAGGAGGCGGAGGAGGAUGAGGCGGAGAUUCCGGCUGCUGUGCAGCGGAUACUUGGGUGGCGGGAUGCGAAAGUGACGAGCUCUUAA